CUGAUAGACGGCACUGACUGGCAUCACUGCUGGGCACUGACUGGCGGCACUGACUGGCACAACCACUGGGCACUGACUGGUGGCACUGACUGGCAGCACUGCUGGGCUGCACUGGUGGGUGGCACUGGUGGGCAGCACUGGUGGGUGGGCACAGGUGGGUGGCACUGGUGGGCACAGGUGGGCGGAACUUGCGGGUGGCACUGCUGGGCACCGAUCAUCAGGGCACUGAUCAUCAGUGCCCUGAUGAUCGGUGCCGAUCCCCGCUCUGACAACUGCCGGUUCUCAGCAGUACUUUCCUCACGAUCUGACAGCAUGAGGAAAGUGCAGCCGAGAACCGGCACUUGC